AUGUCGUCUGCUUUUCAAAUAUGUUACGAAAUCAUGCAUUUUGGUGAUGAUGUCGAAGUUUUUAAGAAAUGUUUCAUCUAAAUGGCGAAGUUAUCGGUACAGAUUCGUACCAUGGGUUGCACUGAAUCUAAAAGAGAGGACUGUGCGUUCAGUGAAAAAUGUGGACCAAGACAGAAUCAUUUCAGAUGAGGAAGUGGAGGAAACCUACAAGAAGUUAUUUUAUGCUUUGGACGAUGACCUCCAAAAUCAAGACAGGAGAGAAAACAAUGCUCAUGUACUAGAGACGGAGAACUGCAAAAUAGAUAGGUCAAAGGUCAAUGAAGAAGCAAGGUCAUACCAAGAUGAUGCAAGCACCAAAUGUAAUCACCAUGACAACCAACUUCAAGAUUGUCAAAGCACAACUGCACUAUCACCAUUUCACAAGAACUCCAACAUGUUUAAAUGGUUCUAUCAAAAUCAGAAUCAGAAGAAAUGGAAAUAUAAAUUAAGAGGAAGAGAAAGACAAGGUCUUAAUAGGUUUUCAAAUACCUACCCAAAUAAAUAUUGUAAAGAGACGUUGCCACAACAACUAAUGCUGAAAUGGACCUGUGGUUCCAAAGAAUUUUUUGGAUUCGGCUCCAUGGAUGGUGAUUUCAGAAGACUAGUGAAUAAGGCUUUAUUUAGUUAUCCUGAAUUAUUAAGAAGUCUGAUGAAUAUUAAUGCACAACAUGGGAACUGUUUACUGAAAUUUAUUUGCAGUAACCAGCAGAACGUUACUUCUCAUCACGAUCUAUUAUCUGUAACUCGGCAUCCUUUUCAUCCUCAGCACCAUCACUGCCACUACAACCACAAUCACCACCUCCAAUGCCAUAAUGGUCACAGCCCUAACUCUAGAUCGCUGAUGAGACAGAAAUCCAACCCCAUAUCCACUCACAGUCAUCAGCAGAGUACAAGUUCACAUCUUGGACAGGACAAGCUAAGCAACCAAGAUAAGAAUUUGGAGGAAAUCCUUGACCCAGGAGCAAUUGUAAUGCACCAGACUCUUGGUUACGCAGUUGGGCGUCGCCAAAGUCAGAUUGAUGGCGGAGGUGUCGGGGUCUAUGUCACCAAGGGAGUGGUUCCAAAAGGAGCGGUCGUAGCAAUGUAUCCAGGUACUAUCUACUAUCCAGCUGAACCAAUUCUUUUUCAGUCCAUUGCUAAUCCUUUUGUCUUCCGCUGCCUCGAUGGAAUUCACAUUGAUGGAAAUGACAAGAAACUUUCCAAAAUGAUCUACAGAUCGUGUGCCCGUAGAGACAGACUUGGACCUUACAUGUUGAGUGACCUUUCCUGGCUGACCUCUUGCCCUUUGAACCCUAUGGCUGUGGGACAAUAUGUCAACAAUCAGCACAAAGGAUUUCCUGCUAAUGUGUGCUACCAAGAGUUUGAUGUGCCUUUGGAUUUUCCAAUUAAACUAAGGAAAUACAUCCCCAAUGCUUUCUUCAGUACUUUACCGGAUAUUGGCAAUGCUGGAAGAAGUGUGAGAACUGUUGCCCUUGUGUCUAUCAGAGAGAUUCAAUGUGGAGAGGAGCUACUUUCUUCUUAUUUUACACUCGUCUACUGAACAGACAAGUGAGAUGAAUUUCCAAGUUGUGAUCAAGGCCACUAGAUGUGGAUAAGUUUAUUAAAUGAUUCAUUAAUAUAGGACUUAAAUUCAGGACAAGACUGGCAAUUACGGAGUGGUUCAU